AUGUCUUUGAGAUUCGGCGCAAGACUGGUGAUAGUUGCAUCAUCACCAGAAGCUGCUAGAGAAGUACUCAAGACUCAUGAUCGGGAUCUAUCCGGAAGGUACGUUCCUCAAAUAUUGAAUCGAAUCCCACAAAUUCACACUUCAAUCAUGGGAUUGGCGACAGAUUGCAAUGAGAGGUGGAAGUUUCUACGCAUCACUUCCCACAUGGGGCUUUUCUCAGCUAUGGCGCUGGAAUCGUGUUCACGAAUCAGACUAGAGAAGGCCAAAGAGAUGCUACACUUCUUGGGUUCAAAAGAAGGUGAAGUGGUAAAUAUUGCAGACAUUUUAUUUGCAACUACUGCUAAUACUUUGACUAAUGCUAUGGUGUCCCAAGGUAUUGUCGAGUCUUGGAACAAUAUUGGAGAAGUGAAAAGGAAAUCAAGGAAAAUGCUUGGGAUUGUAAUUCUAAGCUUAGCCGACCUUUAUCCUGCAAUUGGGGGUUUAGAUUUUUGGAUUAAGCAAAAAGCAGCAGAGGCUAACCAAAUAUACAGAGCCGUAUGGGGUGAUAUUGUAAGCAAGAGAAGAGGAGGGAGGCAGGACUCGAACCAGGACAUUUUAGACGUCCUGAUUGAAAGUUCCUUUGAUGAUUAUCAGAUCUACAAUUUCCUGUAG